AUGCCUCACGUCGACUUCUUGUUCAACCAAUUGCAAAAGAGAAAAUCCGAGCCAGUGCAAGUUAAAACGGCUAUCGAUAAUUUUGAAAAAUGUAUUGUCGAUGUGAGAAAUAAAAUUGAUGACAUAAUAAAUGAAGCCAAAAGUAUUUGCACUGAACCCCAAUGCAACAAUAGGAGACGUCGUAAUAAUAGCAGUCACGAUCACCGAGUUGCCGCAUUAGAAGUAUGCGACAAUAUAGUGAAUUCUGCAAAUGACAGAUUUCAGUUCAAAGAUCAUUUGGUAGCCGCAUCCCUUUUUUCCCCAAACACUUUGGAGAAUACUGUGGGAAGUUUCCUGAUGACAAGUUGGAAACUACCUGCUUGGCUUAUCCCGAAUGAUUGCCGAAAUUUACAUGGAACUAUGUCUUUUUUGAAAUUUUUGAUACAAACUAGUUUGGAGGAAACACUAAACGAAACAAAAAAGCUAUUAGAAAUUAUUGUUACAACUCAUAAUGUCAACAUUGAAAAGAAUCAAGACCUUUCCUCGAAAUACUACGACCCAGGAUCGCCUUACAGCGUUGUCGAUGCUGUCCAUUGA